CAAUGCGAAUCUUACUCUCGGGGACGACGACGGUUGUCUGCUGAAUGAGCAGUACCUGCUGGUUUGAAACGCUUGGCGUGCUGAUCAUCUGCUGCUUUGAGCAGACAGACAGUUGAAAAGAUGAACAUCCUUUUUUCAAAGCCUGAUUGGUUCCGUGUGCUGUUGCUGUCGGCACUAGCGCUGAGGUGUCGACCCGUGGAAGCCGUUCCCGGCCAAACCUUGGUGCACCUGGUGCAAGAUACGCUCUACAACUUACGGAACGAAGACAAUUCCAACCUGGUGUAUUCGUCUAUCGUUGCAUUCUUGUUGAUGGUGCUACUGCAGAGAUUCUAUCGGCACCGGGCUAUGCUUUGUUACGGCAUGCCGGUUAUGACGCACCCUCCGCAGGGACGACCAUGGCCAUUCCUGGGACACGCUCUAAAUUUCCUGAGUUACAGACCAUGGGAUUUGCUGAUGAGCUGGCACAAUCUCUACGGCCCAAUCGUCUGCUUCGACCUUUUGGGAUCAACCAUGUUCAGUCUAGCAUCGCCCAGUCUCCUCAAGCUAGUGUUGCAGUCCAAAAUCCAGUCGGUCAAGAAGGAUAUAAGCAACACCAUGAAGCACUUUAUAGUUAUUCUUGGCACCGGCAUUGUUACUUCCGAAAAUCAGUCCUGGAUUAAACAACGACUCAAGAUGAGCCAUCCUCUCCGCGUCGAAGUUCUCGAAAUGAUCCCCCGUCAAACAUUGCUUGCGGUCCAACGCUGGAUGACAAAAUUGGAUGCAGCUUGCGAGACACAGGAAUCGGUUGAAGUGGGAUCGUCCUUGAGACAUUUGACGCUACAGGUUAUUUCUGGAACUUUCUUGUCCCUGUCGGCAGAAGAAUCCGACUCGACGUUUGCAAAGAUGUACCUACCCAUCGUUGACGAAUCUAAUCUGCGGGUUUGGCACCCUUACAGAGCUUACCUCUUUAUGCUACCGGUUUUUUGGAAGUACCUGUGGAAUGUACAUAACUUGAACAGGUACGUGUCGCACUUGAUUCGGGUUCGAUGGCUGGUUCGUCAACAGGAACGUAUCAACGGCGGAUCGGUCCGAACCCAGGAUAUUUUGGACGGCGUCUUGAAGGCACACGAGAAAGAAUUUCCGCACCAGAUGAACCUACCAGAAAUGGCGGUGCGUCAAUUUAGAGAUGAAAUGAAAACUUUUAUGUUGGCAGGUCACGAAACUUCCGCAGCUAUGAUGACAUGGACACUGUAUGAGCUGCUGGCCAACACGGCAUUGAUGCAACGGGUUUCUGAGGAAGGCGCGUCCUUGUUUGCGCGGAAUGUGGACUGGAGUAGGGCGGGAGCCGAUGAAUUACCUUCGAACGACCAGUUGAAGCAUUUGAUACUAUCAGAAGCCUGUUUAAGGGAAUCUUUGAGAAAAUACUCUGUCGUUCCAAUCGUUGCGCGACGAACGGUUGAAGACUUAUACCUAGAGGACGGCAAGUACUUUAUUCCGAAGGGCAGCUCGUUUUUGAUCAAUAUUCAAGCUAUUCACCAUGAUCCAAACCUGUGGCCCAAUCCAAUGAGAUUCGAUCCUGAUCGAUUUGUGGAUGGGGAAAUUGUCCCAUACACUUUUCUUCCUUUUAUCGCGGGCCCUCGGAAUUGUUUGGGGCAGCAUUUGGCACUGCUUGAGAGCAAAAUGGUAAUUUCGUUGCUCGCGCAACGCUAUAUUUUCUCGCUCGGAGAAGGCGCUACGUUAGAAGUGGACGACUGGGAAAACGAUAAAGACCCUAGGCAUCGGUUUAUGGUCCCUGUUGUUCCCAAAGAGGAGCUCAAAGUUACCGUUCAAAGGAAGUAAAAUGAUUACGCUAAUUCUUAGGCUAACGGACGAGAAAUCUUUU